UUUAAAGUAGUUACCAACCUCAUUCUAAAUGUUAAGAUGAGAUCCUCAACCUCACAAGGAAAUCUCUUGCUGAGUUGCUGAACCGCAUAAGAAAAAUGGCGGAGUUUCCCAUAUGUUUCUUGUUUUAGUCGGCGCCUUGGCGGAGCUUCCUAAGCCAUUUUGUGUGACUUUCUCAACCUAUACUCGAUCAAAGCUCUCAUCUUUUGCGGUCAUGGGCAUAUGGGAGUCUUUCCUCAACUGGCUUCGCAGCCUGUUCUUCAAACAGGAGAUGGAGAUAUCCCUUGUUGGACUACAAAAUGCAGGCAAAACAUCUCUAGUUAACUCCAUUGCUACUGGCGGCUACAGCGAGGACAUGGUUCCAACCGUUGGGUUUAACAUGCGUAAAGUGACAAAGGGAAAUGUAUCUAUCAAAAUUUGGGACGUCGGAGGGCAGCAUAGGUUUCGUUCCAUGUGGGAGCGUUACUGUCGUGGUGUCUCUGCUAUUGUUUAUGUGGUUGAUGCUGCCGAUCGAGAUAGUGUUCCUAUAUCCCGGACUGAACUUCAUGAUCUCUUGACAAAGCCUUCACUGACCAGUAUCCCGUUACUUGUACUUGGAAACAAAAUCGACAAACCAGAAGCUCUUACCAAGCAGCAUCUCAUGGACCAAUUGAGUCUUCAAACAAUUAAGGAUAGAGAGGUCUGCUGCUAUAUGAUCUCUUGUAAAAAUUCUGUAAACAUUGAUGUUGUUAUUGAUUGGCUUAUUAAGCACGCCAAGACAACUAAGUGAAGCUUUUGGCCAAAGUAACAUGUAAAGCUGGUAUUCUUCACUAUUUUCAUAAAAUAACUAAAAUAUGAAAUAAAUUUUUUGAUGAUUGGCUUUUCAACAAUAAAUACACACAAAUAGGGCAUGUAUCAUCUACACUGUGUCAGUGUGUAGGACUGUAGGUAGCAAAAACAGACAGACAUAAAAAUGUGAGGAAAAUGAUGAGAUGAGUAGUUGCCCCGGAAAGAAGAUACAUGGCUUGAUCUUCUAUUUCUCUAAGGUUAUGUUUGAUGUGAAUAUGUGAUGGAUGAGCGAUGUAAUUUUACCCAUUAAAACAAUUUUCUUGUUCUUUUAUGUUUCACAAAUUUGUUUUAUCUUGGUUUGUCCUAUAUUUGCACCUCGAUUAAAUUUCGCUUUGAUUUUUAGUCUUCAAAGUCGGAGGUGUCGAUAUUGCCAAGUAGGUUUAGAGGGUGUGAUACUUUGUACUAUUUUUUCUAAUCAGUUCGGUUUGGAUUAAGAUCUAUAUGUAUCAAUAUGAUGUCUAUUUGAACUAAACAAUAUUUGUAUAUGAAAUUGUUUAUCUUGUGUGUUGAAUAAAUAAUCAA